AUGCUGUUCGACGAUUUCGCUGAUCUCGAUUUAUCCGCUGAAGACGAUCCGCCAUUCGAUUACUAUUCGAAAAAAUGCAAAACCUUCAUCAAAUGGUGUAAACUGCCAGCCGAGGUUCAACAAUGCGUCAUUUCUCAAAUGGAUUUUUUCACAAGGCAUGUGAACCCGCAAACAUAUCAGAAAAACCCGAAAGUUUGGUUUGAAAAUACCGAUUAUUAUCAAAAAGGCGUGAAAUUCUUCGAGGAGCUAAUGAAAAGAGCUAAUUAUUCGGUGCAAGAUUGCACUAUUGAAAUGGCAUUGAAUAUGCUCACCGAGCAGGUCAAUCGAUUGGCGUUGCUAGAUACCGAUCAAAACGAGGAUUCCUCAUAUAGAACUUGCUUGACCCCGGAGAUUUUAAGUCAUCCUCAGAUUCAAAACGCCAACCAAUUCUAUUUUUGGGCAAGCUGCAAUUUUACGGAAGAGCUAUUUUUAAGCGCAAAAGCGGUGCACAUGACCUUCUUUUCUUCAACCGUUAAUAAUGAAAUGAUUAAUAAGUUCAUAAAGAGAUGGAUUAAAGGUGACGGCCCGAAGGAUUUCGUUAAAUUGAGCAUUUGGUACCGAAAUUCCUUCAACAAGGAUGAGAUCCUCAAAGGAAUUUUUCAUCGAAAUUGGGAUGAUGCUUUCGACAAAGAAGCUGGCGGAUUUUGCGACGAUUUUGAUCGCGUCAUCGGCGGCCGAAAUUGCGCACAAAUAAUGCAGAAUAAGGGGAAACAAUCAGCGACGCUAAGAAUUUCCGAUGAUAAUCUUAUCUUUAUAGUCACUGGAAAAUACUGGGAGCAGCAUAAUAUAUGUGGACUGCCUAAGAAAAACGGUCUGCUUAAUAGGUGGUCUAUUUAA